ACAGAGGAUACCCUUGAGGCUCUCGAGAGUUUGGAGCGCAGCCAUGAUCAUCUUUUAAACAAGGUGGACCUACUAUAUGCAUCCCUCAACAUCCAUGACAAGUUUCCCAAGCUCAAUGGUGUUGACAUUGAGUUUGUUCAGAUGCUUCUUUUGGCUCAUGAUUUGAAGAUCAACAUCCGGAAAUGGGCAAUUGGGGGCUUUUUUGAGUGGGACAAACUUGAUCACACAGUACAGGGAAAGCAGAAAGCCUUGGGUAGUAUUGCUGAACCUACAACUCAGUGUUGCAAUGCUGAUCAUUUCUUUCUAGGUACAAAGCUCCACCAGCAAACUUGCAAAGCAUCAGCUGUGCUCAUGUCAGCCAUCUGA